AUGGAGCUUGAACUAGCAAAAUACAAGUCAUAUGCUCGCCACGUCAUCUUCCGACUGAUCUUCGCAGGACUUUGGCCUGAGUCUAAUCCCAAGAUCAAGAGGAUGCUCUCCUUCGUAACUUUCACGUCAACAUUGACGGUGAUGGUGACAGCUAUUAACUUUGGCAUUCACAACGCUAGCAACGUUAUAUUGCUGACCAAAGGCAUAGGCUUGGCGUCCGGAUUUUCUUCGGUCUUUUCCAAGGCUCUGAUGCUCCCACUUCAUCAAGAAGAUAUCGUCUUUCUCAAGAAGCGCCUCACGAGCAAGUUCAUGAGCGACAUGGAAACGAUAGAGUAUCGCGCAGACCUGCUAUCCAGCGUGCACGUCUUUUCCGCGUUUGUUAACAUGCACGAGGCCAUGAUGGCUUUUGCCAUGUCCAUGUACUGUUUUGUUCCGCUCUACGUGUUAUUCAAACACGGCACCUACAUGCGUACCUAUCCCUGUCUCUAUCCAUUUUCCUAUACACCAGGUGGCCUGGCGCACUGGCUUAUCUAUGCUCUGGAAGUAGCUGGGGCGAUCUCCGUUUGGACUAUCACGAUUGGGGCCGACUGCGGAUUCGUUAUGUACGCGCUAGAGCUCUGUGGCGAGUUCAAGAUUCUGGCGAGGAAAUUCACGGAAUUGAAGGCCGGUGACGACUACAAGAAAAAGUUGAAGGAAUGUAUCGAGAGGCAUCAUCUCAUCAUCGAAGCUAAGAAUAGAUUGGAGGAUGCCUACGGAAUAAUUGCUAUUUGGCUGGCCCUCUCGGGAGCGUUUCUCCUCUGCUCCCUUAUUUUCCAGAUUACGGAGUUAUACGACAACAAUGGUAGUUACGUGCGUAUAGCUCACCUGUGUUCUCAUCUUCUGGCCAAGUAUCUUCAAAUCUUCAUGUAUGCCUGGUACGGGAACCUCAUAGCUGAUGAGAGCAAAGCAUUUCUGGAUGCGAUGUACGGAUCACACUGGACUGAAGCUUGUGACAAGCGCUUUAAGAACGACAUUUUGAUCGUUUUGACACAAGAGCCAUUGAUAGUUGUAGCCAAGGGUUGCAUGUACGUCCAACUGGACAUGUUUACAAAAAUCGUUAAGACAGCAAUGUCAUACUUUUUUUUAAUACAGACAUUAGCAAGUUAA